UACUCAGGGUAUGGCCGCGGCUUCAACCUACUUAUUCGAAAAAGUUAACGGAGACGGUCUCAUCACACGGGCAUCUCUCUUCACGUCUCAGGAAAACAAUUUUCUAUUCGCGUACUGCGGAUAUAGUCUCGCAGUUGGGGACUUCGAUGCUAACGGCCUAGAGGACGUGGUGGUCGGAUGCCCUUGGUACGACAAAGACAUUGGUGCCAUCGUUAUCUUCUACCAGAAAAAAUCAGGCAACAGUUAUAAGAUGGAGAUGGAGAGCCAACAUCGCUUCGGGCUCGAUCCAGAGGCGAGAUUCGGCUCCUCGAUAUCCUGGAUCGAGGAUAUGGAUGGAGAUGGAUAUAGAGGUGACGAGGGAUAUAAUGAUAUAGAGAUUUUACGCGCUGAGAAAGGCAUGACGAACUUCGGCUGGGCCAUAGCCUCCGGGUCCGGCAAUUUGGCAGUGUCCGCAUAUGGGCAGAGCGUGGCCGUUUUCAAGUGA